UUCUCUUGCUGAUUUGCGUCAUUCAUUUUAAAAAAGAGGUCUCUUUCUCUUUCCCUUUCACCCUCUCAUAUUUGCCUUGCGAUUCGCUCGGAUCUCAAAAACCAUCCGUUCAUCCUUUCUUUUUGCCCUUUUCAUUUUCUUCUUCCCCUAUCCUUCCAUCGCUCGAUAUUGAGAGCUCAAUUCGCCUCCAGAGAAGCUCUCGAUCCAUCGAGCAAACAACAAUCUGCUGGUAUGUAACGAUUUCGAAUCGGAAACAAGAUUUCUUCGAUAAUUAAUAAUAACAAGAGGGAAAAAGAAUUUCGAUUUUUGCUCGAAUUGAAAGAACGGGGAAGAUCAUAAGAAUAUAAUUAAAAUCAAUCAAAUUAAUGGAAGGAAUAGCGAAGCAGUUGAGGCGAGGAAUCUCCCGCCAGUUCUCGACCGGGUCACUGCGGAGAUCCUUUAGCCGGCAGUUCUCUCGGCAGAAGUCUCUCGAUCCCAGGAGGAAUAAUAUGAGAUUUAGCUUUGGGAGGCAGUCGUCAUUAGAUCCUAUUCGGAGGAGCCCUGUCCAUGAUGAGAAGUUUACGGUUCCGGAGAAUCUCGAUACUACGAUGCAACUGCUUUUCAUGGCGAGUAAAGGAGAUGUGAAGGGCGUUGAGGAUUUGUUGAAUGAAGGAAUUGAUGUUAAUAGUAUUGAUUUGGAUGGGAGGACUGCUUUGCAUAUUGCUGCUUGUGAAGGUCAUCUAGAGGUUGUUAAGCUUUUGUUGAGUAGAAAGGCUAAUAUCGAUGCUCGUGAUCGCUGGGGGAGCACGGCUUGUGGUGAUGCUAAGUACUACGGAAAUGUUGAAAUUUACAAUGUUUUGAAGGCUCGAGGAGCCCAAAUCCCGAAAACCAGGAAGACCCCAAUGGCUGUUGCUAAUCCUCGAGAAGUCCCAGAGUAUGAGCUUAAUCCAUUAGAGCUGCAGGUUCGGAAGUCUGAUGGCAUCUCGAAGGGAUCAUAUCAAGUGGCCAAAUGGAAUGGCACCAAGGUUACUGUAAAGAUACUUGAUAAGGACAGCUAUUCAGACCCUGAGAGCAUAAAUGCUUUCAAACAAGAGCUAACCUUAUUACAGAAGGUCAGACAUCCUAAUGUGGUUCAGUUUGUUGGGGCUGUUACCCAAAAUAUACCCAUGAUGAUUGUCUUAGAGUAUCAUCCAAAAGGUGACUUCGCAAGUUAUCUUCAGAAGAAGGGGCGUCUUUCUCCAUCCAAAAUUUGGAGAUUUUCUCUUGAUAUCGCUAGGGGAAUGAACUAUCUUCAUGAAUGCAAACCAGAUUCCAUCAUCCAUUGUGAUUUAAAGCCAAAAAAUAUUUUGCUGGAUAAUGGUGGUCAGUUGAAGGUAUCUGGGUUUGGUUUGAUAAAGUUGUUAAAGAUUUCACCUGACAAAGCUAAAGUAGCACCCGGAACUCCCAUUGACCCAUCAAAUAUUUAUGUGGCACCUGAGGUUUAUAAAGAUGGAAUAUUUGAUAGAAGUGUGGAUGCAUACUCUUUUGGUGUCAUUUUAUAUGAGAUGAUUGAGGGAGUGCUGCCUUUCCAUCCUAAAUCUCCAGAAGAAGCUGUGAAAUUGAUGUGUUUGGAGAAACAGAGACCGUCAUUCAAGACAAAAUCAAGAAGUUGUCCUCCAGAUCUAAAAGAGUUGAUUGACGAAUGUUGGCAUCCAGAACCUGUUGCUAGGCCAACCUUUUCUGAGAUCAUUGUACGAUUGGACAGAAUAUUUGCUCAAUGUUCAAAACAGGGAUGGUGGAAAGACACUUUUAAGCUUCCUUGGAAGUAAGAGGCAUUCAGUUUCCAAUCAAAGAAACGCGAUAGGAUAAGGUUGGGAAAUCUCCAUAGCCUUAAACAGUUUUGGAGCUUCAUAUACACAAUCCUAAUUAUGAGUCAAAUGAAUCCUGGGGAUUAAUUGGAAUGAAAAUCAAAAUGAUCUGUGUCCCUUGUUCUUAGCUCUCAUAAGGAGCUCAAACAGUUCCUUUGUGUGUAUAAUAUGUGCAAAUGCUUGUCUUUUGACAGUUUAUUGUCGCACGUACAUUUUAAAAAUUAUUUUUGAAAAUGGAAAGAAAAAGGGUACUUUGUUGUAAUGCAUUUUGGAUACUCCUGGUAACUAUGAAUAGUGAUGAUAAAUAAUUUACUAUGAGUAAAAUAUUUUUGUAAUGCUGCUGAUUUGGCAUGAAA